AUGUCAAAGGUACUAACAGAGCGUUCAGCAGCAAUGACGAUGGUAGCGUCUAUGCUGGGUGCAAGCAUAUAUUUCACACCAAUUGCAUUUAGAUUUGUUGGAUACAUUUACGGAUGGAUUAUCAUCUUUAUAAUUGCUUCGCUCACAUCGUUUUCCCUGUACUGCAUCUCAUACUCUGCAAUAAAGAUCGGGAAAGGCCAGACAUAUUCGUCGCUGGGGGUUUAUAUAUCUCCAAGACUUAAGCAUGUCCUUGAUGGGUUUGUCAUUGUAAAUAGCUUGUCUGCUAAUGUCUGUCUUUACAGAUAUCUUUCCGAGCUGGUUGUGGCAGCCUUCCCCGAGCUGCUGCUUACUUCCUUUAGCUAUGAAACUACCAGAAAAGGAAUUGUGGCCGUUCUCUUAAUUCCCUUUUUCGCUCUUUCCUCCCAUAAAAACCUUUCCAGCCUCAGAUACGUAUCGCUUGCAAUGGUUGUUUCCAUUGGAUAUUUUAUCUUUCUUCUAAUCUCCUACAAUCUUUUUCUAUAUCCCAAGUAUACCUCCUACGAGGAAACAUCUUUCCCUCUCUCCAAUGGAUUUUCUUUUUCGAUUCCCAUUUUCAUAACAGCAAUGGCAUGCCAAUCGAAUAUGGUAAAGGUUCUGGACGAGAUGGCAAGUGACUCCAUGAGGAAGGUUAAGCUUGUGUCUGUGUGGAGUGGUGUCGGUGGAGGACUAAUCUACGGACUGAUAGGGCAUCUUGGAUAUUCUCUCUUUGGAAACACACUCAAUGGGGAUUUGCUAAGGAUACUUGCAGACAAGGGUUCUUCAAUUAAUAUCCAAUUAGCAAGUACUGUCGACAAGUAUCUCAUAUCCUCAAGAGUAGCAGUGUAUGGAUGCAUCUUGAUAUUUAUCGGAAGCUUUCCAAUCCAAUUGAAUCCACUGAUAACUACUUUAUUCAACAUUCUGCCCGAGGAGAGAAGAACAAACACUACCCGGAUGUUUCUAAUGGCUGCCCUGAUCAUGCUUUGCUUUUUUCUAGUCCUGGUUGAGGAUUUGUCUGCAGGACUUGUGAUAAGCAUAGGAGGUGCAACAGUAACAAACUUCAUAUCAUUUCUCUUUCCAUUUAUUUUUUUCAUAUCAGUGAGAAAAAGAUUCUCCCUCAGUACAUUUCUGGCUCUAGUUUGCAUUGCGGCUUGUGUUUCCAGCUCGGUCUACAUGUUAGCUAAUAUAGUAACUGGAAGGAAUAAGAUCAUGUAA